UCUCCAACCCGUCAAAACUCAAAACUAGUAGGAGUAGUAUUUUCCGAAUCCCCAAAUCGAAAUCUCUUCCAGUUCGCUCAAGUCGUUGCCCUCUUCCGGCUAUCCCAGCACCGUCGGCGACUUCUCCGGAAACGACUCUGAAGGUGAAUUUUGGCUCUAUGUAAGGUUGAGCCUUCAAAGAAAUGGCUGAAGGCGGGGAAGAGGACUUGCCAAGGGAUGCAAAGAUUGUGAAAACGUUGCUAAAAUCAAUGGGUGUUGAUGAUUUUGAGCCUCGAGUUGUUCAUCAAUUCUUAGAAUUGUGGUAUCGGUAUGUUGUUGAUGUACUCUCAGAUGCUCAGGUCUACUCAGAGCAUGCAGGGAAAGCUGCCAUUGACUCUGAUGAUAUCAAGCUUGCCAUUCAGUCGAAAGUUAAUUUCAGCUUCUCACAACCCCCGCCGCGGGAGGUCCUACUGGAGCUGGCUAGGAACAGAAACAAGAUCCCAUUGCCGAAAUCAAUUGCUGGGCCUGGAGUAUCACUCCCUCCUGAACAAGAUACAUUGAUCAACCCAAACUAUCAGCUAGCUAUUGCAAAGAAGCAAAUUAGCCAACCAGAAGAAACGGAAGAGGAUGAAGAAAGUGCUGAUCCCAACCCAGCCCCAACCCAAAUUCCAAGUGUUUCUCAUGAAAAGGCAGAUGUGCCUCAAGGUACUCCUCAGCGAGUAUCCUUUCCCCUUGGCACUAAACGUCCAAGAUGAUGGUUUAUGUUUGAUUACCUUUGGUGACAAGAGCCUUUGGGACCGGCUUGCUGUGUAUUUAAUCUAGGACAUUGUAUAAUGGUUGUUUAAACAUGGAUUAUGAAAUUUUAAGAUUUUUUUUUGAGAGUGUUUUAGUUUAAUAUAAAUCCUUCCAGCAUUUAUAGACACAAUUAGAAGAGAGUUGAGACAAGCUGCGAGACCAAGAAUUAUUUUGGCAUUAUCAAUACCUUUCCAUUAUAUUCAUCUGAUAAUGGUCACUCUGUA